AAUAAUAAUAAUAAUAAUAAUAAUAAUAAUAAUAAUAAUAAUAAUAAUAAUAAUAAUAAUAAUAAUAAUAAGAAAAAAAAUAGUUCCAAUAAUAAUAAUAACAAUAAUAAUAAUAAUAAUAAUAAUAAUAAUAAUAAUAAUAAUAAUAAUAAUAAUAAUAAUAAUAAUAAUAAUAAUAAUAAUAAUAAUAAUAAUAAUAAUAAUAAUAAUAAUAAUAAUAAUAAUAAUAAUAAUAAUAAUAAUAAUAAUAAUAAUAAUAAUAAUAAUAAUAAUAAUAAUAAUAAUAAUAAUAAUAAUAAUAAUAAUAAUAAUAAUAAUAAUAAUAAUAAUAAUAAUAAUAAUAAUAAUAAUAAUAACAAUAAUAAUAAUAAUAAUAAUAAUAAUAAUAAUAAUAAUAAUAAUAAUAAUAAUAAUAAUAAUAAUAAUAAUAAUAAUAAUAAUAAUAAUAAUAAUAAUAAUAAUAAUGAUAAUAAUAGUACUAAUAAUAAUAACAAUAAUAAUAAUAAUAAUAAUAACAAUAACAAUAACAAUAACAAUAACAAUAACAAUAACAAUAACAAUAACAAUAACAAUAACAAUAACAAUAACAAUAACAAUAACAAUAACAAUAACAAUAACAAUAACAAUAACAAUAACAAUAACAAUAACAAUAACAAUAACAAUAACAAUAACAAUAACAAUAACAAUAACAAUAACAAUAACAAUAACAAUAACAAUAACAAUAACAAUAACAAUAACAAUAACAAUAACAAAAACAAUAACAAUAACAAUAACAAUAACAAUAACAAUAACAAUAACAAUAACAAUAACAAUAACAAUAACAAUAACAAUAACAAUAACAAUAACAAUAACAAUAACAAUAACAAUAACAAUAACAAUAACAAUAACAAUAACAAUAACAAUAACAAUAACAAUAACAAUAACAAUAACAAUAACAAUAACAAUAACAAUAACAAUAACAAUAACAAUAACAAUAACAAUAACAAUAACAAUAACAAUAACAAUAACAAUAACAAUAACAAUAACAAUAACAAUAACAAUAACAAUAACAAUAACAAUAACAAUAACAAUAACAAUAACAAUAAAAUAACAAUAACAAUAACAAUAACAAUAACAAUAACAAUAACAAUAACAAUAACAAUAACAAUAACAAUAACAAUAACAAUAACAACGCUACCGCACUGCUCAAGGUACCAAAAUUGA